UGACAUAUUUCUGAACUGUAUAAUAGCCUGAAGAGUAACUCCUUUGGCAAUCAUUGAUGAGUAUCAGGGAACUAAAUGCUUUAUUUUUUAUACAAGCUUCUAAUCGUCCUUAAUUAAAUAGAGUGAAGGAAGAUUUGCUGUUCUGAAGAGUCUUUAUUCUUGAAACUCCUGGCUUUGCUGUUUAUAAUGUACAUUGAGCUCUGUGUUAAUCAAGUGAAAGUUACUUUCUUUUUAUUCCGUGUAGGCAGACAGUCACCCAAGUAGCGGAACUAAAUCACGGCCUUCAUUGCUCCUGCUGGAACCUCUCUGCAUUCUUAACACUCUCAUCAUGGAUAUAAGCAACUCAGAAACAACUUUACUUAUUACUUUGCUAAGUGUUUUGCUCAUUGUGUGGUUCCUUAAAAGCAAGGAGCCACUGAAAGGCAGGCUUCCCCCAGGUCCUCCUGCCCUCCCAAUUCUUGGAAACUUGUUCCAAAUGGAUGUCAAAGCACCUCACAAAUCUCUCAUCAAGCUGAGUGAGCAUUACGGCCCUGUUUUCACCAUCUGGUUUGCUGGCUUCCCUGCAGUGGUGCUGUGUGGCUUUGAGGCUGUGAAGGAAGGGCUGAUUGAGCGAGGGCAUGAUUUCAGUGGCAGGUAUCUCUUCCCGGUCCUCAAAAAAAUUUCAAACGGCUACGGAGUUGCGUUCAGUAGUGGAGAGAGAUGGAAACAGCUUCGGAGAUUCACUCUCAGCACCUUGAGGAAUUUUGGAAUGGGGAAAAGGAGCAUUGAAGAGCGGAUCCAAGAAGAAGCACAGUUCCUGGUUACAGCUAUCAGGAGUAAAAAAGAGAUCCCAUUCAGCCCAAACUUUCCAUUAAGGUGUGCAGUGUCAAAUAUCAUCUGUUCCAUUAUCUUUGGAGAACGGUUUGAAUAUGAAGAUAAAACGUUUCUAACGAUGAUGGAGAGAAUUGCAGGAAUUAGCCAGGCUUUAAGUAGCCCCUCGGUACAGAUAUACAAUAACUUUCCGAAGAUCAUGGAUUUCCUGCCUGGGUCUCACCAAAGGCUCUUCCAAAAUGUAGCAGAUUUGAGAAAUUUUCUAAAUAAAAAUAUUCAAAGCCAUAAAGAAAGUUUCCAGAAAGAUCUGCCCAGGGAUUAUAUCGACUGUUUCCUCAUCAAGAUGGAAGAGGAGAAACACAAGCCUGACUCAGAAUUCAUUCAUGAGAACCUGUUGAUGUCAACAAUGAAUUUAUUUCUUGCUGGAACUGAAACAUCCAGCACAACACUGCAAUGGGCUAUUCAGAUCCUGGUGAGGUAUCCCCAAAUUCAGGAGAAAAUUUAUCAAGAGAUUUAUGAGGUGAUUGGCUCCCGUCGAAGACCUGCUAUUGAAGAUCGAGCAAAAAUGCCGUACACAGAUGCUGUCAUACACGAAAUUCAACGAUACAUCGACCUUGCUCCCAUGGGUAUCCCACACAUGACAAUGAGCAACAUAGAAUUCAGAGGGUAUCUGAUUCCUAAGGGCACAUUUGUGGUUCCCCUGCUUUCAACCGUUCUGAAAGCCACGAGCCAAUGGGAGACUCCAAAAUCAUUUAACCCAAACCACUUCCUGGAUGAAAAUGGAUGCUUCAAAAAGAAUGAAAGUUUCAUGGCAUUCUCUGCAGGAAAGAGAAUGUGUCUGGGAGAGUCCUUGGCUCGGAUGGAACUCUUCCUUUUUUUGACUACUCUACUCCAGAACUUUGUCUUCAACUCUGUUAUUGACCACAAUGAUAUUGACAUCUCACCGGCUUCUAGUGGGAUACUGGUUACGCCCCGUGUGUACAAAUUCUGUGCUAUCCCUCGCUAAAUCAACUAGGAUUUCAAUCAUGAAUUUUAGCAGGUGAUGUUAGGACUUUUGUUCCUUGAUCUAAGAUUUCUUAACCUAUCUUUAAAAUCACAGGGCCUAUGUAUUUUAAACUUACCCAUUUUAAAUGUACCCUAAAGUUCAGUACCCAGGAUCAAAAUCUUGUAAUAGCUGAAUAUUAUUUUUAAACAGCCUGUAUAAUAAAGGCUUUUGAGAAAUCCA